AUGCUCCUUCUCAAUAACACCCAGUUUCACCCUUCUUCCUUCAUAUUGCUGGGAAUCCCAGGAAUAGAGACUCUUCACAUCUGGAUUGGUUUUCCCUUCUGUGUUGUAUACAUGAUUGCUCUCCUAGGAAACCUCACCAUCUUGUUUGUGAUCAAAACUGAGAGUAGCCUCCACCAGCCCAUGUUCUACUUUUUGGCCAUGUUGGCUACCAUUGACUUGGGACUCUCAACAGCAACCAUCCCCAAGAUGCUUGGGAUCUUCUGGAUUAAUGUCAGAGAGAUCAUCUUUGAAGAUUGCCUCAUACAGAUGUUUUUCAUCCACAAAUUCACACUUAUGGAGUCAGCAGUCCUCUUGGCAAUGGCUUAUGACCGCUAUGUAGCCAUCUGCAACCCACUUCGGUAUAGUGCCAUCCUCACAAAUAAGGUUGUUUUUAUGAUUGGCCUUGCUAUGUUAGUGAGGGCAAUUAUAUUUGUUAUUCCAUUUAUAUUUCUAAUUUUGAGACUGCCCUUCUGUGGGCAUCACAUCAUUCCUCAUACCUACUGUGAACAUAUGGGUCUUGCUCGUCUGUCUUGUGCCAGCAUCAAGGCCAAUAUCAUCUAUGGCUUAUGUGCCAUAUGUAAUCUACUGUUUGACAUAGUAGCUAUUGCCUUUUCUUACAUACAAAUACUACGUGUUGUGUUUCGUCUCCCUUCUCAGGAAGCCCGGAUCAAGUCCCUCAGCACUUGUGGUUCUCAUGUCUGUGUCAUCCUUGCCUUCUACACACCAGCCCUCUUUUCUUUCAUGACACACCGCUUUGGUAGAAAUGUGCCUCGCUAUAUACACAUACUUCUGGCCAACCUUUAUGUUGUAGUGCCACCCAUGCUCAAUCCUGUCAUAUAUGGGGUGAGAACCAAGCAGAUCUACGACCGUGUGAAGAAAAUGUUAUUGCAAAUGCAAGGAAAGGAAAAGGAAUAG